CGUACCCGACAAAGAUGUUAAACCUUCGGGAAUCUCACUCUGUAUGAUCCGUGGGGGCGGAGGGAGACUCGUAGACAUAUUUUUGGCAUAGUCUCAUAAUCUCACACUCUGUAUGAUCCUUGGGGAAUCAAUAUGGAGCAUUUGUGUGAUUACGAUUAAGCCCUCGCAGAUUUGCCGUAUCUCGGUCUCCCCGCUGUAAAUCUCUCCUUCACUUCCAAGAUUUCGCAGGCCGGCUUGUUUUGCCAUAUCGAUUCCUCUUCAACUCCUUUUCCUUAAGUUCUUGAAGCGUGUUGAACAGGAACCCUUCUAGAAACAGCCUCAGAUUAGUGCCAGAAGAAAUCUUCAAUCCAAACAGGGCUUUGAAUCACGUGCAGUUAGUAUGCUGGAUCAAGUGAGUCGAAUUGCAUAAUUCCCUUGUUGCAAUUAAACACCAGCAUUAUUCAUGACAUUGGUUGGUAGUGAUUACAUUUUAAACCUCAUCAAUGAGACUCUUGCGUUGGGUUUAAUAUUUCUUGAACUAGCAGUUAAGAGUGAUCACUUGCAGCGUCGAGCUCCUUACUUUCUGGCUAAUGAUCAGAAGCAAUAUUGCAUUGUGUUUGUGGAAGGUGUCUCCCAAUUUCCGAAGCUAUUCACUCUUUUCAUCAGACCAUCAAUACGAGAAUCUCAUUUCCCUUCUACAAUCAUGCAAGCACACCAUUCAAAUUGCUCAGAUUCACUGUUUAAUGGUCAAGUCCGGGCUCGACACCAUCCCAUUUCCACUAAGCAAGCUUCUUGCGAGGAUUUGUUUGCAAGACAUUUGUUAUGCAUCCAGUAUUUUCAGGGAGAUAAAAAGCCCCAAUCUUUACAUGUUCAACACAAUGCUUAGAGGCUAUUCGUUGAGCGAUGAUCCGCAGAAGGGCUUAGUCUUUUUUAGUGAGAUGAUAAGGAGUCAAAACUACACUGGAAGUGCCUUGCUCGAUCAAUUUACUUUCGUCUCAGUUCUAAAAUCUUGCUCUCACUUGUUGGAUGUUUGGAGUGGGAUUCAAGUUCACAAGUUUGCUCUGGCAUUAGGGUUUGAUUCAUUCUUGAAUGUUAAGAAUGCCCUUUUGCAUUUCUACAGUGUUUGUGGGAGCAUUGGCGAUGCCCAUCGGCUGUUUGGUGAAUUGGCUGAAAGGAAAGACUUGGUUUCAUGGAACACCUUGAUGGGGGGCUAUCUUCACGCGGCUCAACAUGAAUUUGUACUGCUUUUGUUUAAGGGUUUGUGCAGGGACAACGUUGGCUACAGCGUGACAACUAUGGUGAAUGUUCUCUCUGCUUUGGGGGAAACAAGAAACUUUUCCUUAGGAGAUUCCCUGCACACAUUAUGCAUUAAGGUUGGAUUCUUGUCCAAUUUGAAUGUGGCUACUGCUUUGAUUUCCAUGUAUGGGAAACAUGGCUGCAUUCGUUCUGGACGUCGAAUCUUUGAUGCCAUUGUUGUAGAAAAGGAUGUUGUCUUGUGGAACUGUAUGAUUGAUGCAUAUGUCAAAAAUGGACUUCUCAAAGAAGCGCUGGAAUUGCUGAGAUUGAUGAAGGAAAGCAAUGUGCAGCCCAAUUCAUCAACCUUGGCAGGGCUUCUUUCAUCUUGCUCUGCAUCCGUCGCACUGUCCACUGCAGAGUGGUACGUUCAUGAGUACAUGAAGCAACAGCAUCAGCAGUUGGAGUUUGACGUCAUUCUCGGGACAGCAUUAGUCGACACCUAUGUCAAGAGUGGGCUACUCAGGAAGGCCAUUGAUGUUUUCGAUAAAAUGGAAAGCAAAGAUGUGAGGUGUUGGACAGCCAUGAUUUCGGGCCUUGGGUUACACGGACAAACAGAUCGUGCAGUUGGGCUGUUCCGCAGAAUGGAGGAGGAGGGAUUCACGCCGAAUGAAGUAACCUUCUUGGCAGUCCUGAACUCGUGCAGCCAUGGAGGGCUAGUAACCGAGGGGGUGAUGUGUUUAAAAAGAAUGGUGGAAGUGUACAGAUUGGUGCCGAAGAUUGAGCAUUACGGUUGUUUAGUGGAUCUCUUGGGCCGCGCCGGUUUGCUCGAAGAGGCAUAUGAGGUCAUCAAGGGAUUGCCAGUCGAGAAGGACACCACUGCCUGGCGUGCAUUGCUCGGGGCGUGUAGGACUUAUGGCUGUAUAGAAUUGGCGGAAUGUGUGAAACUGGAAUUGGAGGAGAUCCUAGGUGAACAUCCAGCUGAUUCGCUCGUUCUUUCAGGUACUUACGCCGCAUUAGGAAUGCCUCCGGGACAGAAAUUGGACAAGAAAAACCACCUGCAGCAUGAACAUGUUGGUAAGGAAGCUGGAUACAGUGCAGUAUUGGGCUAGCGUAAUGAAUAUGAUAAAUUGUAAUGAAGACAUUAUAGACCUUUGAUUAACGCUCAGAUUCAGGUGUUAAGAUCAUUACAACUUACAGUCAUGUUGGGAGAGUUGGUAUGCCUCUGCUCUGAAUAAUUGCUGCAUCAUCAAAGACACGGCCAUGUCAAUUGCCUACAUCACGGUUAAAAUAUAUAUAUUAUGUAAUAAGCAUUAUUAAACACUGCGACACAUACCCAAUUUAUUUCCAUUUCCUCUUGACUUUCGUUGCUAAGUCAGCCAUGAUUGGAAAGCCAAUCGUCAGCUAGUCAUUUCUCACGAGUUUCCCAAGGUAAUAUUUCUGGCUUUGCACCUUUGGUGAAUUUGUUACUCUUGGGUCUUGGUUUCCGAUUAAUGUGACUUCCGGUUGAUGUUCCCGAGGUAACUGUUUUUUUGGUUCAUUCUGUGGGUGAAUUAUGCGUGCAGAUGAUUGUAUACUUAUACUGAAAGGUUGGAUUCGAAAUUUCUGUUUUUCGUUUUUAAAAUGAUUUAUUGAUGUAGUUGGAGAGCGUAGAAUUGCAGGGAUUUAGUACUGUAUGCACUUGGAGUUGGUGUGUUCAAAAGAUGCUGUGGAUGACAAGGAGCUGAAGUAUGUUCCAGUUUGGUCACUUGAAAGGGAUUGUGCACUUGAAAUCAAGGUUAAAAGAUAUUUUUGAAUUUGCAAUUUUACGAUUCACCGGCUUAUUUUCAUAAUGAAUUUUUGAUACGCCAGUAGAGUGUGAUCUGCCGAUAUAUUUGGGAUUGGUUUGGCUCUGCUGUUAAGACUGUUGUGUUCUAUGCUAUUUUAUUCAUUAUCUGCAUUCUAACAUUAAGUUUUGGGGAAAAUAUUGUAGUAGUAGUAUUUGCAUCAUGCUAGGAAGGAUGUUAAUUUAGUAGUACAUAAGCAGCAGGUCUUGCCUACAGUUUCUGUUUUAUUUUCUGAUUUGCAGUCACAGCUGUUGAAGAUUCCAGGUUUGGAUUAAGUACUUAUUUUUGUGUUUGUAUGUAAAAUAUGUGGAUCUAUGUAAUGUAUUAAAGCGAUCUUGGUUCGCUGGCACAAAUUUGUUGUCUGAGCACUUUCUGCUGCCUAAUGUUGUCCAGAUUGGAUCCUCAAAUCUACAAACCCUUUCCUUCUAAUGGUUGUCUACUGACAAGGCAGCUGUUGUUGGAUUGCAUGAUAAAGAGUAGCCAUUUAUUUGAGGGAUGCUGGCGGUUUCACAAAAUCCCCAAAACCCAACCAUUUGCCAUGUGAAGAAUUUCACAUCCAUCACAGGUUGACAAUACGUGCAAAUUUACCAUUACCCACACACACUCUCCUACCCAAUUAUAUAUAUAUAUAUAUAUGGGGGUCGGGGCACAUUAUUGUAGAUAUUGGAUUUUUUUCCAAAUUUUAGUUCGUAAUUGAUGUGCAACGUAAA